AUGGGGCUAAGAGCGGCCAGCCUCUUCCUCCUCUGGCUGGCUCUCUCCUCUGCUAAUGAAAUAAAAAAAGGAAGGACAAGAAGCCAUGGCCACUAUGUCUGCAGCACUUGGGGAAACAACCAUUUCAAGACUUUUGAUGGAGACGUCUACCAAUUCCCUGGCACUUGCGAGUAUAAUUUUGUUUCUGACUGCCGGGAGGCUUACAAGGAAUUCUCUGUCCACAUCCAGCGUGCUCUCGACAGCAAUGGCCAUCCUGAGAUCCAGUAUAUUCUGAUGAAAGUCAAGGAUAUAAUGGUCUACCUCAAACCCAACCUGGUUGUGGUGGAUGGGCGGAUUGUGAAGACACCUUACUACACCUCUGGUGUCCUCAUUGAGAGCAAUGAAAUUUACACCAAGAUUUAUGCCAAAUUAGGCAUGGUUCUGAUGUGGAACCAGCAGGAUGCCCUGAUGGUGGAGCUGGACAGCAAAUUUAAUAACCAUACCUGUGGUCUCUGUGGGGAUUACAAUGGCAUUCAAAUCUACAAUGAGUUCAUCAAGGGAGAUGCAAGCUACAACUCAAUUACAUAUGGGAAUAUGCAGAAGAUCAGCAAACCCAAUUCCAAAUGUGAAGAUCCAGAUGAAACUCAGGCUCUUCCAAGCUGUAAUGAGCAUCGUGACGAGUGUCAGAAGUUGCUGACUUCCGCUGCGUUUGCUGAUUGUCGGCUGCGUCUUAAUUUGGAAAUGUACAUCCAAGCCUGCAUGCAGGACAAGUGUGCCUGCAAUGGGAAGGACGACUCCUUCUGCCUCUGCAGCACCAUCUCCGAGUAUUCCCGCCAGUGCUCACAUGCAGGCGGCCGCCCGGGAGAAUGGAGGACACAGAGCUUCUGCCCCAAGACCUGUCCUGCUACCAUGGUCUAUAGAGAAAGCAGCUCACCCUGUGUGGAUACCUGCUCACACUUGCAGAUCAGCAGCCUUUGUGAGGAGCACUACAUGGAUGGCUGUUUCUGCCCUGAAGGAACUGUGUAUGAUGAUAUCAGUGAAAAAGGCUGCAUCCCUGUUAGCCAGUGCCACUGCAAACUUGGUGGAAAGGCAUAUGCACCUGGAGAAAGCAUUUCCAAAGAAUGUGAAGAAUGCACCUGUAAUUCAGGCAGAUGGACCUGCAAAGAUCUACCCUGUCCAGGCACAUGCUCAGUGGAAGGAGGUUCCCAUUUUACCACCUUUGAUGGGAAGAAAUACACCUUCCAUGGAGACUGCUACUAUGUGUUGGCCAAGGGUACUGCAAAUGAGAGUUAUGCUCUCCUGGCAGAGCUGGCUCCCUGUGGCUCCACAGACAAACAGACCUGCUUGAAGACUGUUGUGCUGUUAGUGGAUAACAAAAAGAAUGUGGUGGUUUUCAGAUCAGAUGGCAGCGUGCUCCUGAACGAGAUGACAGUGAAUGUGCCUCAUGUGUCAACCAGCUUCUCAGUAUUCAAGCCAUCUUCCAACUACUUUGUUGUACAAACUCCUUUUGGGCUUCAGAUGCAGAUCCAGCUGUUUAGAGUCAUGCAGCUGUUUGUGACUGUGGAUGAAUCACUUAAAGGAAAACUUCAAGGUCUUUGUGGAAACUUCAAUGGAAUGGAAGGUGAUGACUUCAGAACAACCAGCGGGCUGAUUGAGGCUACAGGAUCUGCCUUUGCUAACACGUGGAAAGCUCAGUCCACCUGCACAGACCAGGUAGAAAAGCUGGAAGACCCCUGCAGUCUCAGCAUUGAAAGUGCAAAUUAUGCUGAGCAUUGGUGCUCUUUGCUGAGAAACCCAAAGGGUCCUUUUGCAAGAUGUCACAUGGCCAUUGAUCCUUCAGAAUACUAUAAGAAAUGUAAAUAUGACACCUGCCUCUGUGAAGACAACGAAGAAUGUUUGUGUGCUGCCCUGUCCUCUUACUCAAGAGCCUGUGCUUUCAAAGGGAUCAUACUGGGAGACUGGAGAAACAGUGUCUGCAGUAACGAAGCAUCUUCUUGCCCAGGAAAUCAAGUCUUCCUUUACAACCUUACAAUGUGCCAGCAAACCUGUCGCUCCCUUGCUGAUGGUGAAAAGUAUUGCUUGCAAGACUUUGCUCCUGUGGAUGGCUGUGGCUGCCCAUCCAAUACAUACUUGGAUAACCAGGAUAACUGUGUUACCAUCUCCCAGUGCCCAUGUUAUUACAAGGGAUCAUACCUGGAACCUGGGCAGUAUUUCACAAAAGAUGGAGAACGCUGUGUUUGCCGAAAUGCAAAGAUCCAGUGCACUUCAGUGAAAAUAAGAAUGAAAAGUGAAAACGAAUGUUCUUCUAGCAAGACAUACUUUGACUGCAAUGCAUUCUCAAAGUGGACUUCGCAAACACCUCUGCAACUUAGCUGUCAUACUCCUCAAACUGAUCAUUUCCAGACAGAGUGUGUCUCAGGCUGUGUGUGCCCUGAAGGUCUAUUUGAUGAUGGCAGAGGGGGCUGUGUUGAGCAAAAAGAUUGCCCGUGCAUUCACAACAAUGAGUGGUAUUCUUCUGGAGACAAGAUAAAAGUGGACUGCAACACCUGCACCUGCCAGAAAGGGGUUUGGAAAUGCACUGAUGACGUGUGCUAUGGGACUUGUAUGAUAUAUGGAAGUGGCCAUUAUAACACUUUCGAUGGGAAGUUCUAUGACUUUGAUGGCAGCUGUGAAUAUGUGGCUACUCAGGACUUCUGCGGUGACAAAAACUCCAGCGGCUCAUUCAGUAUCAUCACAGAGAAUGUCCCUUGUGGAACUACAGGAGUCACCUGCUCUAAGGCUAUCAAAAUGUUCCUAGGGAAAACGGAACUGAAAUUGGAGAACAAAGAGUACAAAGAAAUUCAGCGAGAUGUUGGUGAUGAUGUGCAGUAUUGGAACAGGACAGUUGGCCUGUACCUGGUUAUUGAGGCUAGCAAUGGUGUGAUGCUGAUCUGGGACAAGAAGACUACUGUUUUCAUCAAGCUGAGCCCUGAUUACAAGGGCAAAGUGUGUGGUCUGUGUGGCAACUUUGAUGACAAGGCAAACAAUGACUUUACAACAAGGAGUGGACUGCAGGACAAUAAUCCUCUGAAUUUUGGAAAUUCCUGGAAACAAUCUCCCAUGUGCCCAGAUGUCACAGAAGAGAUUAAGCCUUGUGAUCUGAAACCACACCGGAAGUCUUGGGCAGAGAAAGAAUGCAGCAUCAUCCAGAGUGAAGUCUUCAAAAUUUGUCACUCCAAGGUGGACCCACUUCCUUACUAUGAGGCUUGUGUUCAUGAUGCCUGCUCCUGUGACAGCGGUGGGGACUGCGAGUGCUUCUGCUCUGCAGUUGCAGCGUAUGCCCAGGAGUGCAUCAAGGCUGAGGCCUGUGUUUUCUGGAGAACUCCUGAUAUCUGCCCGAUAUUCUGUGACUACUACAACCCUCGCAAUGAGUGUGACUGGCACUACGAGCCUUGUGGCAGUAAUAUCACAACCUGCAGGAUGAUCAAUAAUGUCAGCACCAACUUUACAGUACCACUACUGGAAGGUUGCUACCCCAGAUGCCCUAAGGACAAGCCUAUUUAUAAUGAAGAGACAAAGCAAUGUGUGACUGAAGAUCAAUGUGGAUGUUACCUCGAGGAUGGAACCCAUGUACUCCCUGGGCAAGAAGUUACAAAAGAAAACUGUACAAUAUGUGUCUGUGUCCCAUCAGGAUCCAUAGAGUGUAAACCAGUCCCAGGGUGUCCUUGUGUCAUCAAUGGAACGAGUUAUGAAGAGGGUGCUACUGUGGGACACGUACAGGACGGCGACAUAUGUAUAACAUACAUUUGUGCAGCAAAUGGCUCUGUAGUUCCUGGUGAAGUCUAUCCUUGUCCAACAUCUUCACCUACAACCAUCUCAACCUCCUCCCCUCACAGUACUCUUACCACCACCACCGCAGUUUCCACUGCAAGCCGCCCAGUCACUACAACUCCAUGCGUAGUCACAGAACUAAUCUGUGAUUGGACUGAGUGGUUUGAUGUUAGUAAACCUGAAGAAGGUGGUGGUGACUAUGAAACAUACGAUGAAAUAAGAAAACAUGGAAACAAAAUAUGUACAGCUCCUGAAAAAAUUGAAUGCAGGGCUAAGGAUAAACCUGAUGUGAGCUUAGAAGAACUUGGUCAGAAAGUAGAGUGUAAUGUUAAAUAUGGGCUAAUCUGUAAAAAUGAUGAGCAAGAUGUAACUAUGUGGCCACUCUGCUAUAAUUAUGAAAUCAGGGUAAACUGUUGUGAGUGGCAGGAAGUUCCUUGUGGGCCUACAGUUACACCUACUAUAGCUUCAACUGCAACCACCACCAAGACAACAAUAGGCAGCACCACUACAACCAGGACUACAACAGAAAUUACCACCACACCCAUACACGUCCAUUCCACAACACCCCCAUCUCCACCCACACCAAGCACACCAAAAUCGACAACCACUCCCUCCACGCCGGAGACUCCCACCACUACCAGCACCCCGACAACAACCACCAUUGGAUCACCAACACCCACCUCAACUACUUCAAGCACAUCCUCACCAACACCAACAUACACCACCACCACACCAACUCCAGUCACACCGAGCACAGCAUCCCCUACAUCGGAAUUGACAAGCACUUCCACAUCAGCGGAGACUCUCAGCAGCACCACGACCACCACCACUACCGGCACCAGCACCACCACCACCAGAACACCAACAACAACAACAACAACUACUACAACAACCAUCAGAACUCCUGCACCGUGUGAGUGCAUCUGGACGGACUGGAUCGAUGUGAGCUAUCCAGAUGGUUCUGACAGGAAUGGUGGUGACUACGAAACCUUUGAGAACAUUUUGAAGAAAUACCCCUCCUGGGAGUGUGCGAAAGUUGAGAAUAUUUCAUGCCGAGCAGAGAAAUUCCCUAGCUAUUCCAUUGCAGAUUUAGGGCAGAAAGUGGAAUGUAACGUUAAUGUAGGGCUCAUCUGCAACAAUAAAGAUCAGCAGAUAGGAGGUAUAAUACCAAUGCCAGUCUGCCUCAACUACGAGAUCAGUGUCUGCUGCACCCCCAACAAACCAGAGUGUCUUCCAACUCCAAGCACCACGAGCACCACAACUUCGACAUCUUCCCCCACAACAAGCAGUGUGUCCCCUCCAAUAUCAACCACCGCUCCAACGUCAACAGCAGUGGAGACUCCCAGCCCUACCACCACCACCACCACCACCACCACGGUGCCCCCCAGCAGCACCACCACUAGUGGCAGCACCUCACAGACAACCACAGCUCCUCCUGUCUCAACAACACCCAUUUCAACUACUUCAAGCACAUCCACGCCCACACCAACAUACACCACCACCACCACGUCAACUUCAGGUACUUCUCUGAUCUCCCCAACUCCAUCCACACCAAAAUCGACAACCACUUCCACGUCACCGGAGACUCCCACCAUCACCACCAGCCCUCCAAGCACAACAACAACAACAACAACAACGGUUACUGGAUCAUCAACCACCAUCUCAACUCCUGAAACCCCAACUCCAUCCCCACCAAGCACACCAAAAUCGACAACCACUUCCACGUCACCGGAGACUCCCACCACCACUGCCAGCACCACGAUGCCCCCCAGCAGCACCACCAGCAUCAGCACCCCGAGCACGACAACCAUUACUCGACCUCCAACACCCACCUCAACUGCUCCAAGCACAUCCACGCCCACACCAACAUACACCACCACCACACCAACUCCAGCCCCAACUCCAUCCACACCGAGCACACCAAAACCGACAACCACUUCCACAUCAACGGAGACUCCCACUACCACUACCAGCCCUCUGAGCACCACCACCACUGUUUCUGGAUCAACAACAACCAUCUCAACUCCUCAAACCCCACCUACGAAGACACCGAGCCCAACUACUCCACCAGAAACACCAACUACUCCCACUCCAACAGCAUCUGAAACUCCCAUCAUCACUUCCAGCACCACGAUGCCCCCCAGCAGCAUCCCCAGCAGCACCACCAGCAUCAGCACUCCCAAGACAACAACAACAACUGUUACUGGCUCAUCAACAACAUUCUCAACUACUUCAAGCACAUCCACAGCCAUAUGGGAAUAUUCAACCACCCUAUCAACUCCAGCUCCAACUCCAUCCACACCAAGCACGGCAUCCCCUACAUCUGAAUUGCCCACCACGUCACUGGAGACUCCCAGCACCACCACCAGCUCUGGCAGCACCACCGGCACCACUACCAGCAGCCCUCCAAGCACAACAACCACUGUUACUGGACCACCAACGCCCACCUCAACUACUUCAAGCACAUCCUCUCCCACACCAACAUACACCACCACCACCACUCCAGGCACAAUUCCAUCCACACUGAGCACACUAAAAUCGACAACCACUACCUCACCGACGGAGACUCCCACCACCACCACCAGCCCUCCGAGCACAACCACCACUGUUUCUGGAUCAACAACAACCAUCUCAACUCCUCAAACCCCAACUCCAUCCACACCGAGCACACCAAAACCGACAACCACUUCCACAUCAACGGAGACUCCCACUACCACUACCAGCCCUCUGAGCACCACCACCACUGUUUCUGGAUCAACAACAACCAUCUCAACUCCUCAAACCCCACCUCCACCCACACCAAGCACACCAAAAUCGACAACCACUUCUACGUCACCGGAGACUCCCACCACCACCACCAGCCCUCCAAGUACAACAACCACUGUUACUGGACCACCAACGUCCACCUCAACUACUUCAAGCACAUCCUCACCAACACCAACAUACACCACCACCACACCAACUCCAGUCCCAACUCCAUCCACACCAAGCACACCAAAAUCGACAACCACUUCUACGUCACCGGAGACUCCCACCACCACCACCAGCCCUCCGAGCACAACAACCACUGUUACUGGACCACCAACGCCCACCUCAACUACUUCAAGCACAUCCUCACCAACACCAACAUACACCACCACCACACCAACUCCAGGCACUACUCCAUCCACACUGAGCACGCCAAAAUCAACAACCACUUCUACGUCACCGGAGACUCCCACCACCACCACCAGCCCUCCAAGCACAAUAACCAGUGUUCCAACUACCACCACAAUUACUGAAAAUAUUAAUACCAGAACCCAGUCGGUUCCACCCACUGAAGCAAUAAAGACACCUGAACCAGAGACGCCGACAACAGAAAGCACUCCAGUUACUCCUUCAGUUACCCCACUGCCAACAACAAGAACGACAGAAAUAAGUACAGUGUCUACUGCAAGCACCACUAGUCAACAGUCAACAUCACCAGUGUCAACAAGCCCAGUGACAGCUACCACAUCUGAAGUCACUGAAACAACAUCAACCACCCAGACCACCACUUCAGGCCCCACACCCUCAAGAUCCACCAGCACCACACCAGUAACAGAAACAACUAUCCAUGAGACUACUACCACCAGGACCCCAACCCCUCCAACAGGAUUCUCUACCCCCACUUCCACCCCUAGCACCACCACAACCUCGGGACCAAGCAGCCCUACAGGAACACAACCACCUGUAUCAACAACCCCAUUCACUGAAACAACAUCAACCACCAAGACCACCACUUCAGGCCCCACACCCUCAGUGUCCACUCCCCCCACCACCACAGCAGGAACAGAAACAAGUACCCCAACAACAACCUCUGCAACUGUUACUACUCCAACAACAUCACCUACAUCAACCAGCCCUGUGUCAACCACCACCUCUGGUACUACUCCAACAGAAAGCUUUACCAUCACUUCAGGAACCACCUCUAGUAGUUUUAUCACAAUCAAUGCAACAACCAGCAUCUCCACCACCUUCAAAACUCUUCCCCCUGUCUCAACUACUACAUCUGGGCCUACUGCAACAUCAACUGCAGUCACCACUACAGGAAGUUCUACACACAGCACAACUCCUCCAGUUAAUGGCUCAAGUUCAACUACAGGUCUAACACCAACCACUCCUAAAAAAACUUGUACUAUUUUCCCUAAUGAAUCUUAUGAGCAAGGUGACUCAUGGAUGCUGUGUAACUGCACUAAGGUUAUAUGUAUAGAAGACAACAUUGUCCAGGUGAUUCCAAUAAUCUGCAAUCCACCUCCAAAACCCACCUGUGCCAAUGGACUGUCUCCUGUGCCAGUCAUGGAUGAGGAUGGAUGCUGUUGGCACUGGGAGUGUGAUUGCUACUGCACUGGCUGGGGAGAUCCACAUUACAUGACUUUUGAUGGACUGUACUACAGCUAUCAAGGAAAUUGUACAUAUGUCCUUGUGGAAGAGAUCAAUAAGAAAGUUGACAACUUUGGUGUCUACAUUGAUAACUACCACUGUGAUGUACGGGAUGUAGUGUCCUGUCCUCGAACACUCAUUGUGAGACAUGAGACCCAGGAAGUGAGGCUAACAACAGCACAACCAAAUACUCUACAAGUAGAGGUGACAGUAAACAACCAGCUCGUGGCUUUGCCUUAUAAGAAGUUUGGUGUGAGCAUCUACGAGUCAGGCAUAAAUCGUGUUGUGGAAAUUCCUGAGCUGAAAAUGAAUGUGACCUACAAUGGCUUGUCCUUUUCUAUCAGAAUGCCCUACAGCCUGUUUGGCAACAAUACCCAGGGACAGUGUGGUACUUGCAAUAACAACACAGCAGAUGACUGCAUGCUGCCAAAUGGAAACAUUGCAGAAAACUGUGAAACCAUGGCAGACCACUGGCAAGUUGUUGAUCCUUCCAAACCACAGUGCUCUCCAGGCCUAGUUCCUACAAGUUCACCUAGCACAACGCCAACACAGCCUUGCAAAGAAUCUUCCAUCUGCGAGCUUCUUUUGGGAAGUGUGUUCAAGCCAUGCCAUGCAUUUGUCCAGCCUGAGAAGUACUAUGCAGCCUGUGUUUUUGAUAGCUGUGUACUACCCAACCUAGACCUGGAAUGCUCAAGUCUGCAGAUCUAUGCUGCCACCUGUGCUGAUCAAGGCGCAUGCAUUGACUGGAGAAAACACACCAAUGGAGUAUGCUGUAAGUAUGAAUGUCCUUCAGGUAAAGAAUACAGAGCAUGUGGUCCUAUUAAAGAGAUGACCUGCAAAUCAAGAGGACAGAAUGAGACAUCAACUAAACAAGUGGAAGGCUGUUUCUGUCCUAAUGGAACCAUGCUGUAUGACUCUGGUGUGGAUGUCUGCGUGAAAACCUGUGGCUGUGUUGGAGUGGAUAUGAUACCAAGAGAGUUUGGAGAAAAGUUUACAGUGGACUGUCAGGACUGUAUUUGCCUGGAAGGUGAACAUGGCAUUGUAUGUGAGCCUCAUGUAUGUGAUCAAAAGAAGGUCACUUGUGAUGGAGAAGGCUUCUAUGAGGUCACUGAAGUCAAUCCUAAAGACUCCUGCUGCCCUCUUUUCACUUGCAAAUGCAACACAAGCUUGUGCACAGCUAAAGCCCCCAAGUGCUCACUGGGAUUUGAAGUUCAUUCUUAUAUUCCCAGUGGUCAGUGCUGUCCUGUAUACCAAUGUGUUCCCAAGGGGGUUUGCGUACACGAGAAUGCCGAGUUCUUGCCCAACUCCUCAGUCUUUGUUGACAAGUGUCAGAAUUGCGUCUGCACAAAUGAUGUUAACGUCAGCACUCAACUGAAUAUCAUCUCCUGUGAACAUGUCCCCUGCAACACAUACUGUCAACCAGGAUAUGAACUUAAACCAGUGAAAGGUGAAUGCUGUGGAAAAUGUGUGCAGACCAAGUGUAUUAUACACACAGCAGACAAUUCUGAACUCAUCUUGAGUCCUGGAGACUUUAAAAAUGAUCCUCACGACAACUGCACCAUUUAUAGCUGUGUAGAUAUCCACGACCAGCUUAUCGCUUCCACAUCUGAGAUUACCUGUCCAGCAUUCAAUGAGGACAGCUGCAAACCUGGAACUAUUUCGUUCUUACCUAAUGGUUGUUGCAAAACAUGUGCCCCUCUGGACAGCAGCACACCGUGCUCUGUGCGCCACAGAAAAGACUUUAUCGUCUACGAUGGCUGCCGCUCCGUGGACAGAGUUGACUUGACUGAAUGUGAAGGAACAUGUGGAACCUUCUCGCUAUACUCUGCUGAGGCCAACUCUAUGGACCACAGCUGCUCCUGCUGCAGAGAAACAAGCACCACUGAGAAGCAAGUGGUUCUGAAAUGCCCUGGUGGGCAUGCAGUGUCACACAAGUACAUCUACGUGGAGAGCUGCAGCUGUCAAGACACUGAAUGCAAGAGGCCUGAGUCCAAGGAGCUGCAGAACAAUGAAGAAAAUGACAAGGCGACCACUCUGAACCGGAUCAAGAGAGCCAUCAGCUUAACAUCAAAAUGA